AUGUCGAAGAUUACGGUCGCCGGUGUGCGUACGAACGUGCAGCAACUGCUUCAGUACUCCAACGAGGAGAAGAAGCGCAACUUCCUCGAGACUGUCGAGCUCCAGAUCGGCCUCAAGAACUACGACCCGCAGCGUGACAAGCGUUUCAGCGGUACCGUCAAGCUCCCAAAGGUCCCACGCCCAAACAUGGCCAUCUGGUGAGCCUCUCGACGUCGGCGCAACGUGGGGGAAGAGCAGAUGCUAACAGCGUGCAGCAUUCUCGGUGAUCAGCACGAUAUCGAUCGCGCCAAGCACGGAGGUGUCGAUGCCAUGUCCUCCGAGGACUUGAAGAAGCUCAACAAGAACAAGAAGCUCAUCAAGAAGCUCGCCCGCAAGUACGAUGCGUUCAUCGCCUCCGACUCCCUCAUCAAGCAGAUCCCCCGUCUCUUGGGUCCGGGUCUCUCCAAGGGUAAGCGUACAACACAUGACAUGCUCUCAUACUAUGUACUAACAUUAUCCUAGCCGGCAAGUUUCCUACCCCUGUCUCCCACGCCGACGACCUCUCCGGCAAGAUCACCGAGGUCAAGUCGACCAUCAAGUUCCAGCUGAAGAAGGUGUUGUGCAUGGGUGUCGCCGUUGGCAACGUGGACAUGACGGAGGAUGAGCUCAUCGGAAACAUCAUGUUGGCUAUCAACUACCUCGUCUCCCUCUUGAAGAAGGGCUGGCAGAACGUGGGCAGCCUGACCAUCAAGGCCAGCAUGUCUCCACCAAAGCGUCUCUACUAG